AUGAUGGGAAUUGUUAUAUAAAUAUUUUAAGAAGAAUUCCCAGAUACAUAUAUUGAUAAAACAUUUUUUAAAAACUAAUUAAGAAUUAUUUUAACACCUGCAGAAGGAUUGCUCCUAAACCGUAUAAAUCUUGAAGGAUACAAUGCAAAAUUUGUUAUUCUUUAAAGACUUGAAAUUGAAGAGGAGGAUUAAAUUAAGAUAGAAUAAUUUCGACCGAGUAUAUAUAAUGUUAAAUAUGUUUAGAUAUUGAGAAUUUAAUCUGUGAAUAAGAAGUAUAAAAUUAAACAUUCACGAAUCGACUAUAGGUUUUGAAAGAAAAGAUUUUAACAUUGAGGAAGAUAAAGAAGAUAAUAAAAAAGCUGAAAAUGAUGAUUGA